AUGAGGAUCAAGGAGGGCGUGAAGAAAGAAAAAGACAGAGAAGCCCUCCAACGAGGUCUGUGGGGACGAUUAGCCAAACUUGCAAAGGCUUUAGAGGAUCCUUCCCCUGGGUGGGGAAUUGACCAUAUUGAUAUCGAAUUAGGACAGCUAGAGGAUGUGGAAACGCUUGCAAAGCUCCUCCGUCCUAUUUUGUCUCGGGCUACAAACCUUCGCUCUUUAUCAAUUCCCAUUCAUUCAAGCACGGCUAAACUCCUCGGAGAUUGUGGUUUUUGUGACUUCGGAGAGGAUCUAAAUGUGCAGAAGGCGUUUCAAACAAUCUUCAGUCUCAAUCAGUUUACUCUUGUUCGAGGUUUUAGUGGCCAAUUGGGCACCGAAUGGCGCUCAGACGAACUGCAAUAUGUGGAGAUUGGCAAAUGUCAAUUAAACCACGAGAGUAUAGUCAGGCUUUUGAAGCGAUUCAAAAACCUAGUGACUGUCAAACUCCAGGGUGUUGAUUUAUGGCACCACUUACCCUUAAGGCGCAAGUCAAAGUUGGCGGCAAUCGUCGAAGCUCUUUAUCCAUCCAGACGGAAUCUUCGGGAGCUCACUUUAAACAUUGCAGAUAGUUGCAUUGCUUCUGAGAGUGAAGUUCUCGGAAUUCCAUCACUUGGGGCUUUCAGCUCUCUGGAAAAUUUCACGGCCCACGAGUCCGAUCUGUCUGAUGUCAUAUUUCCUCCCUCAAUGAUUCGUCUGGGAGUCUUGUCGUUUCAAAGAGAGCCAACUUUCUCUUUUUUCGGCCCUGACUACACGAGCCUCCCCAAAACACUCCGAACCGUUUUGUCUUAUAGCAGAAAGCCGGACAUUUUGCAAGAAAGGCUUGAAGAAUUCCCGCCUCCCGGUUAUAUCGAGGUGGAAAUUCGCCGCUAUGAUGACAGUCUUCCCAGAGGUGCUAUUCGAAGGCCUGACAGCCCUUCGUAG